AUGCGCAAUGUAAGCGCGAAGAGAGCCGAGCCUGUCUCUUGCAUCUUCCCUAUUGAGGAAGUUCCUGGGGCGCAACAGCUCAACCAUCAAACGCAGGUACCUCACCGUCCGCGUAACCUGGUAAAGAUCAAGUACCGCCCCAAGGAUGUCACGGUCAUCGUUCCUAGCGUCGAGCCCUGGGGUAUAGAGUUCUAUGGCGUAUUGAACAAAAUUCUGGCAAGCGAUCCAGCCAAGACCAUCGUCACAACCCUUGACGAGUUUGUGCCGCGGGCGCUUGAAGUUGUUCAGUUGGUCGAUCCCGAACACAGGUACAUUAAGGUGGUCUCGAUUCCUCGGCCACCAGCGGCGCAAGCACGUUACCAGUGGAUGCGUGCUAUGCAGGAAGUCAACACGGACAUUGUCCUUGUCGUUGCCGACCGCAUCAAUCUCCCAUUGGGAUUCAUCAGGUCAGUCGCCAUCCCCUUCAACGACGACAAUAUCGGAUGCGUCAGCAGCACCAAGCGCGGUAUCCGCAUUCCCAGCGACAAUAUCUGGACAGAUUUCUGGAAUGUUGUCGGCUGUGUGUACCUGGCCCGGAACGAUGUUCAGGGCUGCGGCACACAUAAGAUUGACCAGGGUAUUUCCUGUGCAUCCGCUCGAGCUCUCACCCUCCGUGCCAGCAUCAUGAGAGACCCUGCCUUCGUCCAUGCCUUCACCCACGAAUACCACCUUGGCGGACUCAUCGGUCCCCUGAACGCGGGUGACGACAAGUUCAUUACCGCAUGGUUGCUCGGACAUGGCUGGCGCUUCGCAAUGCAGAAUGGCCCAGAGGCAACCAUCCGUACCCGCAUCGGUCUCUUCCCGAGGUUCAUCUACCAAUACUGCCGAUGGCACCGAACCACAUGGAGGAUGAAUCCUCGCAUCUUGUUCAAGCACCGGUCUACCUGGCGCCGCUACCCUUGGACUACAUACUCGAUCUUCAUUUCGAGUCUCUUCAACUUCGCCAUCCUUUGGGAUCCGGGCAUGCUCACCUGCCUCUGGUAUGCUAUGGAAGGCACUUGCCACACCCGGCAAUCCAUGGCGAUGCUUGUUCUCUGGAUUAUCACCUCCAAGACUCUGAAGCCGAUGUUCCAUUUCAUUGAACACCCUGCUGACAUUAUCUACCUCCCAUGGCUCAUCCUAUUUGGCUACGUCUGUUCGUUUCUGAAGUUCUAUGCCGGAUUGACCUUCUGGGUCAUUUCAUGGGGAUCUCGUGAAGGCCUUUAAAUGGGAGGACGAAGCCAGACUGCACUUAAUUUUCUCAAUGUUUUGCAUAGCAACGAAUACGAUUCAGGC